CUGUUCUUCAUCUUCUUCCUGUAAACAACAACUGCAAUGGACGAGGAAUUUCUGAAGCAGAACAUCGAUUGCGUCUACUUUCUUGCCUCACCCUAUACAUGCAAGAAGGGGGUGGAUUGCGAGUAUCGACAUAGUGAGAUCGCAAGACUGAACCCUAGAGAUUGUUGGUAUUGGUUGGCAGGGAAUUGUCUCAACCCAGAUUGUGCAUUUCGACAUCCUCCAUUAGAUGUCCAUGCAGAGGGAUCAUCUGAAUCACAUCCUUCAUCAUAUUCAAACAAGGUGAACAUUCCUUGUUAUUUCUUCUUCAAUGGAACCUGUAGCAAAGGUGACCAGUGUUAUUUUCUCCAUGGACCUGAUGAUGGUAGAUCAGUUUGGAAAUUGUCGCAGACAGCAUCUGCAGUCACUGAUGCCAUCACUUUGCAAAACAAAGUGUUUCAUUUGACUGAUUCUGGAUCUUCCCUGACUGAUACACGUGUUAAUUAUCCAUUUGAAUCUCGUGUUAUUCCUAAAGAGGAGGAUGUCCACUUGUCUGUUCAUGAGAAAAAUGAAGAAGCAGCUACAAAGAGGUCUCAAAAUGAAGGAUAUUAUGCUUGUGAUAAUCAGAUUCAAGGGGAUAUAGAACCAGAAGACUGGUUGGACUCAUCUUCGGGUUUUGAUGUUCUUCUGGAGAAUGCAUCUGAGAACACUGAUCAGUAUGAAGAUGUUCUUGAAAGGGAUGGAAGGGAACUUAGUAGUCAAUAUUUAGGGUAUGAUUAUGAGAAUCAUGUUGAGUAUGAUCCCGAGUAUCCUGAUCUAGGAAACUUUCAUGAAUACAAAAUAAGAGAUUCGUCUGACCAAUUGGAGGAUGGAUAUGAUAUUGAAUAUGCCUAUAUCCGAGAGAAUCCAGGAAGAAGAACAAUGGCGAAUACUGUAUUUCCCUGUAAGAGGAAACUCUUAUGUCUAGAGUAUGCAAUCGAUGACAGAAGAGCCGUGGAUCUUAGAGAACUUAUUGAAAGGCGAAGGGAAAUAAAUGGCCGUUCUAUUACAUGUUUUCCAAGGGGGGGAAAAUCUACUUAUUUCAGUCACAGAAACUAUUAUAAAAUGAAAAGGCAAUCUAUCCAACAGUCUCGACUAUCUGAAGUUUCAAGGAAGCCAGUUCUAAAGAAGAGAAGAAUUGUAGAAAAAUCAAAUAGGUUCAGCAGGCCAAAGAUGCAUGAACAGAUCAAAAAAGGGAAGAGAAAAUACAGAGGGAAAGGUGGUGCUUUCAGGGGGGCGGUUAACGAUUCAAACAGAAUUGCAUCAGAAGAAUUUGAGGGACCUAAACGGCUAUGCGAGAUUCUCAAUGACAAAAAGAGGCUUAUGUCAGUUGUUGAAUCCAAUACAUAAGACAAAACAAAACAAGAGGUGUUCUAACUUCUAAGUAUUCUAUUUCUUUUGCAUAUUUCUUGAUUGGGUCCUCUUACGAAUGUAAAAACUAUAAACAGCUUGUUUAUUUUUGUACAAAGCUGAUUCAUCAUCAUCAAUAGAUUAUUGCUUCCUGGUUGUAUAUCUUAUAUAAAAUCUAGUUGGUUUUGGUUGCCAA